AUGAUUUUUCUACGAACGACGGCGGUGAAGCAGGACUCUGAGAAGAGUAGUGCUCCUCCUUCUCCUAAAAGUGACGAUGGUGGUGGUAAAGAGGACACAAAUGAGAAGAAAAACAGUAGUGACGAAGUGGACAAGGAGAAAAGUGACGAGAGUGAGUCUUCUCCUGGACUUGACGAGGAGAAGGAGGAAAAGAACGGGGAUGAUGACGAUGCCAAGGUGUUAUUGACGAAUAAAGUUCCCAUAGUGAGCAUGGAGGAGGAAGAUAAGCCCGUGUCGAAAGAGGAAAAGGAGUAUGACGUGCAGAAGGGGUCCGUCGAGGAGGAGGAGAUUGUCACAAAAUCUGAAAUGGAUUCUGACGAGGGGACGAAAGAUGUCACAAAACCGGAAAUUGACUCAUCUUCAUCUCCGUCACCUCCGGAUCAAGAACUAAAAUUGAGUCCUCCUGUCGAAGAGGAGUCCUCGCCGGCUGACAAAUUACCUGACGUCGUCACCACCACGCCGGACGAACCGCCUCCGGAAGAAGAAGCCAAAGUGACCUCACUCCAGAAAGAAGAGGAGAAACCCAAGAGUAAGCGCAAGAAGCCGCCUAGUCAAGACUCCGCCUCGCCAAAGAAGGGAAAACCGUCGCCCUCCGUGGCGAAAGUCUCGAAUGAUGAUGCCCGGACCAAACCGUCGCCCUCCGUGGCGAAUGAUGAUGGUACUAUUGACCCUGUUCCUGAAAAGCCCGGACGUGGUCGUCCCAAAAACAAGGAUACAAAUAAUAAAGACGUGACGACAGGCAAAUCUGUGUCCCCCUCGGGUAAAAAAUCUCUCGUCGUCGCCACUCCAACGACGACGCCACGUCGUGACUCGCGCGCCUCGUCGUCCUGCAUUUCUCCCACGAGAUCCAAUCUCUUCGUGGAGAAACGUGUCGAGAAAAAGUCCGUGGCUAAAUCUGUGAGCCCAUCAGCUUCACACAAGAAGAAGAGCACUACCAAAUCUGUCCCACUUCCGGAAUCGUCUUCACCAUCGCCGAAAAAAGGAGCCAGUCCUGUCGCCAAGAAGGCAAAGAAGGCGAAAAAGGGACGAAAAUCGGAGAGUGAUCAUUUGGAGAAGGAGGCGAGCGUUCUGGCGGAUGCGGAGCAAAAUCGGCGCAAGAGUUUGUCCCCACCGCAGAGAAGAAUCAAGUUGAGCGCGAGUGUGACGAGUUCUCCGAGCGUGUCAACCCCCACGGGUCGCAAGAGUAAGAAGAAAAAUGCGCCCACCAAAGAACCUUCGCCAUCACCGCCGCCACCCGAAGUGAAACUUGUGCCUGAAGUUGUCAGUCGUAAAUCUGCUCCUUCUACUUCCGCUAGCGUUCGAAAGAAGCUGCUCUUAUCUCCCAUGAAACCUUCCAAUUCGACAAAGACGCCGAAACAGAAAGAUUCUGGGGAGGAUGUCGACUCAGCCGUGACGCUGUCUGGACGACCUCGCCGCGGCGUAACGGUCGCCACUACACCGUCGGUUCACAAGACGCCAAAAUCUUUAGCCUCCGCCUCUGCGACGGUGGGAACGUUGAAACAAGUUCAAGUCGUGGGUGCAAGACGAAAAAGUGGACAAAGAAGAAGAGUGACGGGGGUGGGAUAA